AUGGGAGAAGUUAGAAACGUGGUAUGGUUUUGUCUUUAUGGGUUGAUUAUUCAGUCCUUAUGCUAACCACUAAUUUCUUUAGUCUGUGCCGUAUUCCCAGCCGAUAAACCAUGGCCUUCCAGCGUAUGGUCAAAUCGAGGUUGAAGGAGAAGCUGUCUCAGGUGGAGAUCGUGCCAUUUGGUUUGAGUUCAGAGGUCAUGGAGGGGAGAUACCACUUCAUAUUAACAUCCGCUUGGGAUCUUUGAAUGGACGGAAUGAAAUAUGUGUGAACGCUUUUGAUCGUGAUUGGGGAAAGGAACAGUUCUACCGUCAGAGUGUUAGUGUUGGGGGCUCCGUUUACGCCAAGAUUGUGGUCAAAGAUAAGGAAUAUGAAGUAAGAGGAAUACUAAUUAAAAACUUUCUAAUAUGACGAUCAUGAUCAACUUCCUUGUUAUUCAGGUUGACAUUAAUGGUCGUGAAUUCUCAUUCAGACACAGGCUUCCCAAAGAUUCUGUUCAACGUUUCGAAGUGCGGGGUGACAUCCGAGUGAAUCGUAUCAAUUAUACUGGAUUCGGAGAUCAUCUCUACAUCCCAGGACAAGGUGGAGGAUAUCCCCAGCCUCCUUCAUAUCCUCAGCCAUCUUACCCAACCCCCAAUCCUGGAUACCAACCUCCUUCCUCUUAUCCUGACCCGCGAUCUUCGUAUCCUCCACCACCGGCGGCUUAUCCCGAUCAGAUUCGUCCUUAUCCUUCUGAUCCUGGAUAUCAGCCACCUUACAACCCAAAUGUUGGUGGUGGUCCAGUUGGCUCUGGGGCCAGCAUUGGUCAGCCUACCUACCCAUUCGGACCUACUGAUUCGAGAGGAUAUAACUGA